AUAUGGUCAUAGCCAGAAGUACCGAAAAAAAAGACGAGAAAGAGGAUAAAAAGAAAUUAAAGAACUAUAAAAAGCAGAGCAGGAGAUAUUUUGAUGAGAAUAUGGAAGAAGGAAAUGAUACGACUAAGAAUGUGCCUGGCAAUAAUUUCGAUAAUGUUUUGUAUCACUCAAAGGAUAAUAAUACAGCAGCUGACAGCAUGUUUACAAGCGAUAUUCUGGCCACGAUAUAUGAAACAACAGGUAAUAUGUCAUUCAACGAUUCAUUUCAAUGCCUCUCGUACUACAACCACCUGUUCAAGACAGUUUUUCUGAACCACACGUAUUUUAAUCUUUAUGACAUUUCUUAUCCAUCCGAUAAGCUAAAAGAAGACCUGAACUACUACCGCAAUACUGUAAAGAAAACGACACCGUUUAAAAUAAUUUAUAACUCUUUGAUUUCGCAGUAUAUCUCGGAGGCCCAGGCAUUUUUUGAUGAAAACAGCUUUGUGGAGAUAGAGACGAUAAAGACAAAGGAUCACUACGAGAUGUCUGCUGGCGGAUCGGCAAACAGCUACAAAAAUAUCAAAAUCACUGAUAUUAAAAAGUGCAAGCCUGUUGAAUAUUCGAACAGCUUCAUAGGCAACCAAAACACGAUUUUUAUCACCGAUCAGAUGUACAACAAGCUGAAGAACAAGAACUUUGUCAUAAAUUUCACAGUAAAAGAGCUCUCGCAUCUCAAAAUCACAAAAUUUGUGGAUAUGAAAGCAAAAAGGCUCAACUAUAGGGAAGCUGUUGAACUGUAUGCAUAUGAACAGUUAUCUCAGGAUGUUAAGGGCAACGAGUACAGAAUAUAUGAAUCAAAGAGCCAAAAAAUAGUAAUCAUGUGCAAAUCGUCCUUUAAAUACUACAAUAAGACGAAAAGAAUUUACGGCACACCUGAUGAUGCAAGUAGCGCAGAAUUUGUAUUGCAAGAUGAUGUAAUCACGCCUGUUGAUGUUCUUGGCAAAAAAAGAAACUAUCUUGAUUGGUUGAAUGGUUUUGACCUGGCUGAGGGUGAUUAUUCUGCAGUGGGCGGUAAAAUUUACCGAUUAGAGAGUGAGGGAUUUGUGUUCUCUGCCGAGGGAUUCGUUAUUGAAGCAGUGGAAGAAUUAUAUUAACAUGUUCUAAGUUUGAGAGUCAAAUAUUCAUUGCUACAUGACUUGGCAGGGCAUUUUUACGCGUGGAAAAGUUUUAUAAAAUGGGAUAGUAAGCAUAUUUGAUUGAUUUCUGUUCGUUUUUCAUCACAUAUUUAUUUCUAGAUUUUUUGUUUGUUUUUAUGAAUUGCCUGCCGGCUACUCCGUGUGAUUUUUGUUCCUGUGUGUUUUAU